CUGAGUAACGGAUGGGAACUGACUGCUGGAGUGCCGCUAAGCUAACAGGGUAGCCUCAGAGCCAGAAGUAGCUUUUAAAUAUUUUAAAACACAUCCGACGGAAGCGCUUCCGUUAAAAUAUUUGGUUCCCCGGUAGCGGUCGGCUCACUGAAACCACCGUUAGCAUUGUAGCACCGUGUCCGGUUAGCGGCUGUGAGUUAGCGCGCUAGUCGAACCAACACGGCGCUUCAGUGUGGGACAAGAUUAAACACCCGCACUAGCACGCUCAGAUCCGGUGUGUAAUUAUCUAACAGCACCUCGGUCCUCCAAGGGCCAUCCGAGUCGCGGCAGAGCUUCUACCCUGCUGCGAUCAGGACCGGCGAUGGGAUGAUGAGCGGUGGGCCGAACCACAUCACGAGUCCUGUUACUCCCAGCUAACCAGGGACAAGAAAGUCCUUGAACACAGGAUGGAUGUGUGCGGUAGGAACCCAAACCGCACUGCACCGGUCAGCGAGGGCGAUCCCGGGCGAACCGAUGUCCCUCUGUGCUCUCGGACCAAUGGCUGGAGCUGGCCCCCCCACCCUUUCCAGCUGCUGGCUUGGCUGCUCUACGUCUUUUUCGCCGUCACCGGCUUUGGCGUGUUUGUCCCUCUGCUCCCGACACAUUGGAUUCCUGCAGGUUACAUUUGCACGGGCAUCACGUUUGUGUGCCACCUGUGUGUCCACGUCCUCGCUGUGUCCAUCAACCCGGCCGACCGCAGCGUGAGGAUGAAGAGUGACAGAAGUCCGGUCCCUGUGUUCGACCGCUCCAAACAUGCACAUGUCAUCGAGAACUGCCACUGCUACCUGUGCCAGGUGGACGUGGGACCAAAGUCAAAGCACUGCAGCGCCUGCAACAAGUGUGUUGCCAACUUCGACCACCACUGUCGCUGGCUCAACAACUGUGUGGGGAGCAGAAACUACAGGUUCUUCCUCUACAGCGUGGUUUCGGCACUGUUGGGGGUUGGUCUGGUUCUGGUCUUCGCCUCUUACGUUUUUGUUGCGUUUUUUGUGGAUCCAUCCAAACUCCGCACAGACAAACAUUUUCUAGUGGGGAAUGAGACAGGUGUGUGGUUCGUCUUCCUUCCCGUGGCUCCUCUCAGGUCAGCCGCAGCUGUAAUUCCGGGUCUUGCUGCCGUCACCGUUGCUCUGGGUCUGCUGUCCUCGGCGCUGCUCUGCCAUCUGCUCUGCUUCCACAUUUACCUGAUGUGGAAUCGACUCAGCACCUUUGAGUACAUUGUGCGGCAGCGCCACCGUCUGGACAGCAGAGACUUGAGGAAAGCAGAACUGGUGAAGGAGGCUGGACCUCCCGCGGUCAUCAAGGAGGCGGACUACUCAGGGACUGUGGGUUGCACAAACCCCCAGCUGGACGUGGAGCAGCCGACUACCGCGGCUGUGCAGAGCGACUCAGAGUUCCUGGCUAAUGGCAGAGUACGGAGUGUGUCCAGUCCUGUGAGGGAGGAGGCUGCUCCCACUGUUUCUACUGGGAUGAAAACAACAGCACACACACAUCGUCACCCACAGAGGAAGAAGAAGAAAAAGGUGCGUCGAGUCCCAGCAGAGGUGACCAGAGAGGGCUACCCUCCUGUAGCUCCGCCCACAGAUUCCACUGUUGCAUCCACCGUGUCCCUAGGCCAACGGCUUCCUUUGACAGCAUUCCCACUGAGGGUCUCCCUGCCCCCGCUGGGCCCUCCCUCGGGCACAGUCCAGGCCGCUGCCCCUCCUGCGGAGUACAACUCCGACUCUGCAGAGUCUCUGGAAGAGAUUCCAGUGGCGCUGGCCAAGCUGGGCUCCUCUUCAUCUGCUGGAGCUGGAAACUCCACCACAUCAUCCCACAGGGCUAUCCUGGCGUUCCCAAAGCCCUGCCCCCUCCCUAGGACUAAGAGGAAGGACCCCUCCUCUCAUGGGAGUAAGAGCUCAGUAGAGCUGAGGUUUGAGAUGGCACCUGUUCCCUCUGUGUUUGUCAGCCAGGCGAGUGGAGAGGUGACUGAUACCCGAGAGGCGGUCUUCGGUCUGGGGAGGACACAAAUGGGCUUCAGACCUGGACUGAGUUCUCGACCGGUGUCUCGAGCAUCGCUGGGCUCAGGUGCAGCCUCCUGGAUGGAACAGUGACUACACACAACUGACUUUAUUCUGAGCAGACCUUUAUUUUGAAGGGAUACCAAUUUAUUUAUUAUUUUCACUUUAUUCUAAAAACCAAAGUGACUUUUCUCGUGUGUGUGUGUGUGUGUGUGUGUGUGUGUGUGUGUGUGUGUGUGUGUGUGUGUGUGUGUGUGUGUGUGAGUGAGUGAGUGUGAGUGAAUCUCGAGCAUUCACCUCUGUCAUAAACUCAGGAGACAUCACUACUUCCUGUGGCUCGUCGUGUUUACCUUUCGACUGCUGUGUCACCGCGUCCAUGGGAACUCGCGGCCAGAGAGACAAAUUUCCCAGCAUGCAUCUGCUGAGAACUGGUGGAAAACAUUUCACUAUCUCCACAGAUACAAUCACUAUCAUUAGCUUUUGUGUUUGUCACGGUUUUGUCCAGGUAGAUGGUCUUUCUUACGCUCUGUGCUGCACCCCCCACCCACCCACUUCAAUUGUCACCUGAAAGUGAGUGGAUGAUCGGGUCGGUGCUGCCCUGUUGCUUUACUCUUUUGUUACUCACCUGUCGCCUUGUUUACCUCUUGAAUAAUAAACAAUUGAAUCAUC